AUGCAGCACGUCCCGGAGUCCCGCCAGCAGACCUUUGAGGAGAUCUACGGGCCCCCGGAGAACUUCCUCGAGAUCGAGGUCGUCAACCCGCAAACCCACGGCACAUCUCGCAACAUGUACACCUCCUACGAGAUCGUCUGCAAAACCAACAUCCCAGCCUUCAAGCUGAAACACUCCAUCGUGCGCCGCCGCUACUCGGACUUUGAGUACUUCCGCGACAUCCUGGAGCGCGAGAGCACGCGCGUCACCAUCCCGCCGCUCCCCGGGAAGGUAUUCACCAAUCGAUUCAGUGACGAUGUCAUCGAGCACCGCCGGGAGGGGUUGCAGCGUUUCUUGCAGAUUGUUGCGGGACACCCGCUUUUGCAGACGGGGAGUAAGGUUUUGGCGAGUUUCAUACAGGAUCCGAACUGGGACCGGAAUGCGUGGUAG